UCUCUCUCGCUCUCUCUGUCAGACACACAGCCUGGCUCUCUCUCCGCUCUCUCUUCAGUGUCAGUCUGCAGUAGUGACUACACACAGACACACAAACAGACACACACACACGCACACACACACACACACCGCUCCUGCCUUGCCAAGCGGCUGUAAGGAUGCAGCAGAGGCAUGAAGGACUGCGGGCUGUGACUCUCUGAAAAGGAGGAUGUUUCCAUCGAGAGGGAGAGGGACGCUGUGUUAGAGCGGGAGGAGCAGAGCAGAGAGAAGAACGGGACUCUGCGGGCUGCUGCUGCUGCUGCUGCUUCACCGGGGACCGAGCGGCCGGAGCCUGCGGGCUGAGGGGGAGUGAGCCGCUGCAGGAGGAGAAGUUUCAGGAUGCAGACUUCAGCUCGGGACCACCGAUAACAAGUUAAUACUGCGACGACAAGGACCCGCGUGCGUGCGUGCAUGCGUGUGAGAGUGUGUGUGUGUCAGGAUGAGUCUGGUCUCGGGCUUCCCGCACCACCCGGUCAUGCACCACCACGACAGCCACCACUACUCCCUGCACGCGGCGGCAGGGCGCUGUCACGAGGACACCGGGGCUCCUCCGUACUUCACGAGCUGGCUCAUCAGCCACACGGAUAUGUCUCCCACAGAGUAUGGCCUAGCGCCCGGCUACAGUCCAGAGUACCAUGGCAACAGCGGCGGAGGGGCCACCGGCGGCCUGGACCCGCACCAUCACCACCACUACGGCCCCGGCGGCCUGGUCCCGGGGCCCGGAGCCAUCACCGUGAACGGAGCCGCCGUCGGUAUGCACCACCACCACACACACCCGCGCCCCGUGAAGCGGAGACCCACCGCAAACAGGAAGGAGCGUCGGCGGACUCAGAGCAUCAACUCGGCCUUCGCGGAGCUGCGGGAGUGCAUCCCAAACGUGCCCGCGGACACGAAGCUGUCCAAGAUCAAGACUCUGCGGCUCGCGACCAGCUACAUCUCAUACCUGAUGGACAUCCUGGACAAGGACGCACCGCACGGGGACACGCAGGCCUUUAAGGCCGAGCUGAAGAAGACGGAGGCCCGCGAGGAGCGGCGGAAGAGGGAGGCGGUGGAGAUACCAAAGACGACCUCCUCCUCCUCGACUUCCUCCUCCUCCUCCUCCUCGUCAUCAGCAGCAGUGGUAGAUAAGAAGAGUAAAGGACGGACGGGUUGGCCUCAACAUGUCUGGGCGCUGGAACUCAAACAGUAGCCUCCCUCAUCCUCCUCUUCCUCCUCUUCUUCACCCUGCUCUCCCCCCUCUAUGUGAGAGCUGAUGGCGCUUCUCCUCCUCCGCAGAUGAUGGGACAAUAAAGAUCGCCUCAAAGGACUAACGGCGUCAUCUUCAUCACCUCCACCCUCUCCCUCUGUGUGGACCUGCACGCGCCGUGUUUCAGUGUGGAGGCACGCGGACAGUUCACUGACGCUUCGCCUUUUGGAGUUUCUGAUUGAACGUGACGUCAUAUGGAGCAAAAACGCGUCUUUCUCGGAUCGCUGUUUGAGGGUUUGAUCCCUGAUUUCCACCUUACAAAUCACGUUCGGAAAAUAAACCUUUUCAAGUAGUCAAACAAAAACUUCUAACUGAAAAUAAAACCACAUUAAAACAUAGUUUACCGGUAGAUGUGAUCUUAAAGAUGUUCAAUUCCAAAAUCAUGUUAUUAUUCUAAGAAAUUACAUCAAUAUACGGGAUGUUUAAGUGCCUUAAUCCUUAAAAUCAGUGUUUAAGUGGAAGAAAAAAAAACGCCAUGUGUAGCUGAAGAUGCAAAUGGAGCCGUCAAAAUAAACGUCAGGAAUUUACGACCUAGAAAGAACAAGUGUUGCCUUUAAACCAUCAUCAGAUAAAGAACAUUUCUGUUGACUUAAGUUAGCUUUUUGAAGGUUUGAUGGUUUAUUACCACCUUCAAUUUAACCCCAGAAAUUAAAUAUUUUCAAGAAAUUGGAUUGAAGACUGAUUACUGAUUUUGUAAGCAGUUUGAAUUCUCACAUCUUGAGGUUGUUUCAAACCCAAAUUAUGUUUUAUUGCUCAGCUUCCCUGUACUUUGUUCGCGCCUUAACCUGUAAAAAUCACAAAGAGAACAAACACUACCAUGUGCAUAUUUGAGGGAUGCACAAGAGCCACCUUGUGCAUCAAAAUGUGAUGUUAAAGGGGCGAUACAGAGUGUCAGAAAUUAACAACCUGGGAUGAGAGCAUGUAUGAAACAGCCGCUUCUUUGGUGGAUAUUUGUAGAAUUCGAAAAACAAUUCUGUAUAGUUUUGUUUAAAAAAAAUAAUCUUUAAAACCUCAUCAGAUAAAUAAGUGUUCAGUUGUUUACUUAAGUUGUCUUAAUGGGUGUUUGAUUUCCACUUUAAAUUUACCUAAAAAAAAUACACACAAUGAAGAAGUUUAAUAGAAGAUUUGGACUGAAAAUAAAACUAAAAUUAAGAAAUAAUUUACCGGUUAAGUUUGUUUAAAGUGAUUUGAUUCCCGCGUCUUGUUAACAUUAAAGCAAAGGAUGUUAUCAUUCAAACCUGAAUCAAGAAGUUUUCAGUACCUUAAACAUCAUAAUCAGAGUCAGAGUGGAAGAAAACAAAUCAUAAAUCUGCAAGAGAUGCAAAAGAGCCACAAAGUGAGACAUCAAAGAGGCGGGGCUAAGCGUCAGAAACUAUCAACUAAGGGAGAUCAUUUGUUGCCUAUUGAUGAAUUCCUAAGGCCUCGUGUCCACCUAGUGUUUUUGGUUUUUAUGAACACCCGCAUCUUUUUUCAAUUGUUUUAAAUGAGCAGAGAGCAUUCGCAGCAGAAAGCGGCCACCUGAAGAAAAAAACGCAGCGUCAAGCGCC